CAAAAAGGUUAUAAGAUAUCAAAUGUGUUUGCAUGUUCUUACGGUGCAACAUAAAACUUGACUAUAUAUAUCGAUCAUUUGUUUUGUUAAUUUAUCGCAGUUGUUUUUCAUCAAUGUAAUACAAAGUUCAAGUGGGCUGUAAAAAUAAAAAUUUCAGGAUAUUUGUUGUGGUUCCCUAACCCACAUGGAUAAAGAGUUAUUCUUUAGCAUAAUAUAUCGCGCCGCAUAUUCACAUUAUGUAUUACGCUCGGAAGGAACUUUUAAGGAAAUAAAAAACGACAUAACUUCCGGCAUCGAAAUGAACAAUGAAUGAAUGCUGAUCAAAACGGUGUUCAUUCGUCAUUUUCAGACGGACUGCUGAUGCAAAAAUGGAAGCUUCGUGUAUUAGCUACACAUUACUAAUGUGGACCUUUAUAUUAUUUUUAGAAAUAUGCAGCAAGGAGACUACAGAUGAAGUUGGAACAGUCACAGUUCUGGAUCCUGUAUAUCGGCGACGAAACGUUACUCUUAGGUUUACACCAAACAUUAACAGAUUUGGCUUUGAAUUAUCAAGCUGUAAAUGGGAGGCCAUGCUGAAUGGUAAGUCGUCAUUUAGUGCAAUCUCCAACAGCCACUUGCGCUAUAUCAAGGACGGGUCGCUCUACCUAAAGCUGAUCAAUGUGGACAGAACAUGGGAAGGGGCGCUGGUGCAAGUUCGAUACAUGACUAAAGUAUCGCGAAAUGUCAAGCUGCAUUUCCCAGAGUUCCAAAACGACUGUGGAGACCUUUUUCUGGUGACCUUCCCUGAGUAUCAAGGUGACAGCGGACAGAUUGCAUAUUACCCCAGUAACAAGGUCUUUGAUAACCCGGAAUUGUAUUAUCGACAGUUGAUGAGGCGAACGUCUGAAACAUUAGAAAUGGACAAGGCAAUGUAUACAGAACUGCGCGAUGCCCAUGAUUUAAAAUACUUGUUUAUUAUCCACAACAUCACCCACGAUGGCGAAUACUUCCUAAAAUGUCUCAAUGGAACUAGAAGUCAUACCACUUAUGGAGUAGACAUGUAUCCAGGUUCCCCAGAAAUAGGUGCAAGUUGCAAUUUGAACGGCUGCGUUGAUUGUCUGUGUGUCAAUCCCGGCGAUGUCAUCAACUGUACCUCAUACAGCACCAACAUGACGAUGUGGAUUGAUUCAGUUAAUGUCAACAUACAAAGGGAUAAUACAAAGUAUCCGUAUCUGUAUUCAUCGAACGGUGUACGCAUUGAUGGCCAUUAUCACAUGGUACCUGUUUCCUGUGUGGCAUACAUUCAAAAUACACGUUUUUCGUUCAAUAGGACGUCCUUGCUUUAUAUCUUUGUUCCUCCAAAGCGACCAUUUCUAUAUGUACCUAAACUAAAGGAGGAUAGUAUUGCGAAAAUCGGCUGCUUUUCGUACAACGGUAGACCACCGCCUAAACUAGAAAUGAGGUUGGAAGGAGAACGUUUGCUUGAUGCGGAACAAGAAAACAUUUAUAGUGAGGACUCUCAUCUCUAUACGAGUGUAUUAUCUACUGACGCUGCAAACAGGACUUGGAACGGCAAGACGGUAACAUGCACUUCAAUGAUAUUGGAUACACGCAACGUUUACAACCUUGGACACGCUGAAAACGCAACGGUGACGUUUAUAUAUCCUCCGAUAGCUCUGUAUAUGAUCAAACCUCAAAUGCCAAGACACCUGGCUCACUGGUUUGAGCUUACAAUCGAAUGUAUUGCUGUUGACACAAACAGUCAGUGCGGACUGACAUGGGACUCAAAUAUAACAAACAUGACCGGAACAUCAAAUACAACAAAUCAUUACAUCACGUCCUCAGUCAACACAAACGUAUCAACAAAUCGUAACAUUACUUCAACAGUCAACAUAAACGUUUCAAAACCCAUGCAAGGAGGAUUCAUCAGAUGCAAAGUUCUAUGCAAUGAUUUUAAAACGAUACUGGAAAAGAAUUUUGUUCUGUCUUUUGAGGACUCCACACAGCCCAGCAUGAUCCCUCUACUUGAUAAACCAUGGAUACAUAUCUGGAUAGGAAUAGGGGCAGUGUUACUUUUAUGUUGUUUCAUUGGCGUUACUGUCAUCGUUACCAAGCGUUGUAGCAAGACAAAUAUAUCGUCAAAACAUAAGAAAUCUGAUGCUGAUUUACAAAACCACCAUGUCGCGGGUGACAUCAAUUCAGCCUUAUUUGCAAAUGUGGCAUACACAGACGCAUCCCCAGCAGAAGAAGUUACUGAUCAAAUAUACAACGAAAUUGACGAAAACUGCAGCUACAAUGAACGGUCCCAAUCGGCAUCGUGGAAACAAAACAAAAUGGAAUUCCUCCCCAUGUUAAGCAAACCAAACAAUUUGUCAAUUGGUCCGUCCGCUUCAUGUGGAAGUAUCAAGGGCAAAUAUGAUGCAGACAAUGAAGAAGUCAGAUACAUGGAGGUGUAUCCAGAUUCUACGUAUUCGUCAUGCUCUUCCGGGACACAGACACCAAUACGUGAAGCUGUCGCAUAUGAAGAUUUACUGUGGCCGAGGAGCGACACAGACGUCGCAUACGAGGGCAUGGCAUCAGACGGAUCGAUCUCAAAGAGCCGCAUUAAAUUGAAGAAAUGAUAUGUUUGUAGACGGUCAAAUAUGUUUGAUUUGCUUUGUAGUUCAUCGCUUGUUUAAGACCUCGUGAAAUUAAGAUGUAAAUAAAAUAUACUUUGUCUAAUAGAAAUACUUUUGUUUGUUACAUACGUGUGCUUAUAUAAAGGUUGAAGAAAUGUAACCCCCAAAAAAUAAUAGUAUACGAAUUUUUUUUACCAGGUGCAUUUUUCAACCACCAUGUAUUGAUCAUAAUUGUAAUUAAUCAUAUCAAAGUAAUUGUAAUGUUGACUAUGUAUGGGUAUAGCUUCGUUUCCUAGAGACCACAUUCAUUCAGAUAAUUUGUUCAGAGUCAAACUUACACUUUAUGGGAGUGCGUGUUCUAUCUAUUUUACAAAUUAAUCUUUAUUGUUCAUAUUUCUGAGCAAGUUAUUGUAGAGGAUUGAUGAAAUCUAUGUAGAAUUAGUAUUGCUUGCCAUGUAUUAAAUGCAAUCGAGAACAUAAGGGCAAUUGUAGACUAAUUGAUUAAAACAUGCAGUUGCAACGGAUAAUCGAUGUAAACAUGCGGUUUUAUGAAUAUGUUCCAUUUUUUCGCGUAUGUGUGUGUAUAUAUAAACUGUAUAUAUUUGGUUUGCAUUCAUAUAGUGGAUAAGUGUACAAAUAAUGCAUUAUAAAAACUAAUGUG